AGUAUUCAGAGAGAUCUUACUCGUGAAAUUAGACGUUGAGUGUGCAGGCGAAUUCUCACCCGCGUGUCCCUCAUCCAGGCCAGUUCCCUUCCAAAAUUCUCAGAGAGUGGCUUUUUGAACUUGACCAAAAUUAAAAGGACCGGAAAGUAAGACUGUGUUGAGUUAUUUCGUGGUUAAGUGAGAGCGAGACUCCACACUUCAUUCCACCCGAAGUUCUGAGUAUUUCAUGGACUGGAGGAAGAUAAAUGUUGGCUACAAUACACGGAGCAUGUUUGUAUUCAUCAUAGCCAUGGAAACGUAUAAUUUAAACAAACUUCUCAUUUUCCCGUGUGUGUGUGGUUUUCAUGUACUUACUGAUUUACUUCUUGUAUGUUUUGUUCCCAUGCCACUCGCCUGAGUCCUCCAGGUUAAAGUGCGGGGGCGCGCAACGUUUAAUGCGAGGAGAAAAACAACGGACCAAACCUGUUCGUGGAGCUUUGCUUUUUUUCCCUUUUUUUUUUUUAACUUAACCACACCCCUAGACAAAAACCAAGAAACAUUUUUUGUAACUGAAGACAUCAGCGUUGGCAGCGAUGUGUCUUGAGUGUUGAGGUAUUUGGCAAAAUAACUGACGGGCGAUAGAAGCAAACUAAGUACGCGAAUAAGCCUCGUCCGUUAAUACUCAGAAAUGGAGUAAGAGAAAGCACCGACGUUCAGCUUACUGAGUGACACUAGGAUAAAACAAGCGGAGGCCAGGGAAAGGAAGACUUCAGAAAGAACAGUUUUCGGAGGAGGAGGAGGAGUGUACCUAAAGCCGCCAGGAUGGAUUGGAAGAUGUUCCAGGCGCUCCUCAGCGGAGUCAACAAGUACUCUACGGCAUUCGGGCGGAUCUGGCUGUCCGUGGUGUUCGUGUUCCGGGUGCUGGUGUACGUGGUGGCCGCGGAGCGGGUGUGGGGCGACGAGCAGAAGGACUUCGACUGCAACACCAAGCAGCCGGGCUGCCCCAACACCUGCUACGACCACUUCUUCCCCAUCUCGCACAUCCGGCUGUGGGCCCUGCAGCUCAUCUUCGUCACCUGCCCGUCCUUCAUGGUGGUGAUGCACGUGGCCUACCGCGACGACCGCGAACGCAAGCACCGCGCCAAGUACGGCGAGGACGCCAAGCUCUACAACAACACGGGCAAGAAGCACGGCGGCCUGUGGUGGACCUACCUGCUCAGCCUCUUCUUCAAGACGGGCAUCGAGGUCGUCUUCCUCUACCUGCUGCACAUGAUCUACGACAGCUUCUACCUGCCCAAGCUGGUCAAGUGCGACAUCAAGCCCUGCCCCAACCAGGUGGACUGCUACAUCGGGCACCCCACGGAGAAGAAGGUCUUCACCUACUUCAUGGUGGGCGCCUCGGCCUUCUGCAUCGUGCUGAACGUGUGCGAGAUCAUCUACCUGAUCGCCAAGCGGAUCGCGCGCAUCGUCCGCAAGAUCAAGAGCCGAGACCGGCUGGUGACGCUGCACCAGCGGUACGCUGACGACGACCGGGGCCGGUACCAGAGCGUGCCCAUGAAGCGCCUGGACCUCAAGCCCGGCUACAAGCCCAACGACGACAUGAGGGCGUCCGCCCCCAACCUGACCGCCUCCUGAGACCUCCAGGGUGCGCCUUUCUUCUUCUUCUUCUUUGAGAGAGAGAGAGAGAGAGAGAGAGACUUCGGGAACCUUCCACUGCCGCCUGUUGUGUAUUCAUGUUUUAUUAUUAUUGUUAUUAUUAUUAUUAUUAUUAUUAUUAUCAUUAUUUGAUUAUUAAAAGGGUAAGGUUAAGAUGAGGUUGCCUUCCUCUGCGAAAUGGUGUCGUUUGGAGAUGGUGGUCGUCUUCCGACGCGUCAUCGUGCUGUAGGCCUGCACUUCUCAGAGAGGACCUGCCCAUCACUCUGUGCUCCCUGGACUACUCUGUGUCCAUGGUUCACCCCAACAUGGAGCCCCCCAAAUGUGGGCCCUAACGAGUCCUCCACUGCCUCAGAUGCCCUUUGCUUUCCCAAGACUUCUAGAACGUUCCACUGCCUCCUGGUUUUAUGUAUUAUUUCUUCUUUUUUUUUUUUAAAGAGAAAAAGAUAUAUUUUCCUGAGUAAAUAAAACAGUUAUUUAAUCACUGGAUUAUAGCAGUCAUGUUUGAACCUUCUUGCUCUGGGUCAGAAUCAGAAGCAGAUAUUCUUCGAUGAUGAUGAUGAUGAUGUCCUGAUUAAGACAGGGCCCCUCAGUGACUUAUUUGCCCUCACAGUACCGUUCCCCAGCUGUUUGGACGUGUAAAUUUGCAGGCCUCUUCGAGGGCCAAAUAAGUCCCUCUGAGUUUUCAUAUACGGACCCAAGAGGUGUGUUUGUACCACAGAGUCAGUCUCAGACAUGACAGCACAUUGUUUACAUAUCUUCAGUGUAUUAUAUAUAUUUGUCUGCCAGUUUGUAGGAGUAUGUUUACGGCUUGCUCUCCCGGUGUUUUGACAUGUUUGUACACAGGAGCCGAUCGGCCUCCAUGUUCCGUUGUGAGGUCACGGCGUCCCCCACGGCUCUCUAUGAGAACCAUCAGACUCUCGCCGGGAAACAUGUUUGUGUUCCGUAAACCGCAAGACGCAUCAAAACGAUUCCCUUUUGUAAACCCUGAAAAUGAUUGCACUGGAAUGGAGGGGAGAGAGCCUUUAACACCUCCACAAAUGGUCUAAAAGCAAAGGGAGUGUUCACAUGAAUGCUUUUCCAAACUGGACCGACUGCCUUCUGAAUGCAAAGACUUGAGAUGGAUGGAAAUAUCUCCACGCCCUUCAGGAACAAACAGGCUUUAAAGCGCCUUUAAACAUGUAAUAUGAGAGCUUUUUUUGUACAUUAUUAUUUUGAUAAAUAAAUGACAUUGUCAGCCUUG